CUAACCGGUCAGCUGCAUUGGAUCACAAGGCUUCCUGGUUAACGAGUGAAACCGAUGUUUUAUCUCUAAUAAAUGAUCAUAAAUGCAGACUGCUUUCUCGCAGUUCGACGUUGAUUUCAGUAGAUAGGACCCGGUACAACCGCAGCUACGAACAUGAACGCGGAGAAGGACUUUUCGCCUCUGACGCCCAACAUUGUCAGGGCUCUGAACGAUAAACUGUACGAGAAGCGGAAAGUCGCAGCUCUUGAAAUUGAGAAACUGGUACGGGAGUUUGUGGCUCAGAACAACUCCACUCAAAUCCGGCACGUAAUUCAGAUCUUGGCUUCGGAGUUUGCGCUUUCCCAGCACCCCCACAGUCGGAAAGGGGGUCUCAUUGGACUGGCAGCUUGCUCCAUCGCCCUCGGCAAGGACUCAGGUCUGUAUCUGAAGGAGCUUAUUGAGCCAGUACUCACAUGUUUUAAUGACUCAGACAGCCGUUUGCGCUACUAUGCCUGUGAGGCCCUCUAUAAUAUAGUCAAGGUGGCCAGGGGAGCUGUGCUGCCCCACUUCAACCUGCUUUUUGAUGGUCUCAGCAAGCUUGCAGCAGAUCCAGACCCCAAUGUGAAAAGCGGAUCUGAACUCCUGGACAGACUACUGAAAGACAUUGUGACAGAAAGUAACAAGUUUGACCUAGUGGCCUUUGUCCCCCUGCUUAGAGAGAGAAUCUACUCCAAUAAUCAGUAUGCUCGUCAGUUCAUCAUUUCCUGGAUUCAUGUUCUGGAGUCUGUGCCAGACAUCAACUUGUUAGACUACCUCCCUGAGUUCCUGGAUGGGCUCUUCCAGAUCCUGGGAGACAACAGCAAGGAGAUCCGGAGGACGUGUGAAGUGGUGCUGGGAGAGUUCCUGAAGGAGAUUAAGAAGGCGCCCUCCAGCGUGAAGUUUGCAGAGAUGGCCAACAUCCUGGUCAUCCACUGCCAGGUUGCAGAUGAAACAAAACUCACAAAUGACCUGAUCCAGCUGACGGCUAUGACGUGGAUGAGAGAGUUUAUCCAGCUUGCAGGCAGAGUGAUGCUCCCCUACUCCUCUGGCAUCCUAACUGCAGUGCUGCCUUGCCUCUCCUACGAUGACAGAAAGAAGAAUACCAAAGAAGCAGCCAGUGCCUGUAAUCACAGUCUGAUGAAGCUGGUGAUUCCCGAGGAUGAUGAGGAUGAAGAGAGAAGUGGAAGUACAUUAUCGCCGUCCAGGGAAGAUGGCCAGCCUAAGACCGAGGUGGACAGCAAUGACAUGCUGAACGCAUCACAAGAAUCAGUUGGUUUCAGUAAUAUCAGCUUCUUUACUCCAGCGAGUGCUGACAGGCCUCAAGUAACUCUGGACCUGGAUGGUAUUGUUCAGGUGUUGGACCGGCACCUCCACGAUUCCUCCACUGGCAUGAUGACCCGCAUAGCCGUGCUCAAAUGGCUAUACCACCUCUACAUCAAGACACCGCGCAAAAUGUUCCGCCACACAGACAGCCUGUUUCCCAUGCUGCUGAAAACACUGUCUGAUGAGUCUGAUGAGGUGAUACUGAAAGAUCUGGAGGUGUUAGCUGAGAUAGCAUCAUCUCCCGCUGGCCAAACAGACCAUGUCAGCUCCUGCGACAGCACUGACAAUAAACUGGAGCUCAAAGUCCCAGAAAGUGCCCAGCCAGGACAACAGUCCAGCACAGACUCCAAAGCAGUGGACUCAUCCCCCUCCACUCCCAGUAUGAACUCUUAUUUUUACAAGUUCAUGAUCAACCUGCUCAAACGUUUCAGUCUGGAGAGGAAGCUUCUGGAGAACAGAGGAGCUUUCAUCAUCAGGCAGCUCUGUCUGUUGCUUCAUGCAGAGAACAUCUUCCAUUCCAUGGCUGACAUCUUGUUGAAGGAGGAGGACCUCAAAUUUGCCUCCACCAUGGUGCAGACUCUCAACACCAUCCUGCUCACCUCGGCUGAGCUCUUCCAGUUACGCAACCAGCUGAAAGACCUGCGCACUCAGGAGAGCUGUGCAUUGUUUUGCUGCCUGUAUCGUUCCUGGUGCCACAACCCUGUGGCCACUGUGUCGCUCUGUUUCCUCACGCAGAACUACAAACACGCCUAUGAUCUCAUCCAGAAGUUUGGAGAUCUGGAGGUGACAGUAGACUUCCUGAUGGAGGUCGACAAGCUGGUACAGCUCAUUGAAAGCCCCAUUUUCACCUACCUGCGCCUGCAGCUCCUUGAUGUGGAGAACAACCCUUACCUGAUAAAGGCACUGUAUGGCCUGCUGAUGCUGCUGCCACAGAGCCAGGCCUUCCAGCUGCUCUCGCACCGCUUGCGGUGUGUCCCCAACCCAGAGCUCAUGAGGACUGUGGAUGAAUCCAAGUACAUGGACUCUAAACAGCAGGUGGCCUCCAAACGUGCCUCUCACACUCAGAUGGAUUACAAUGAGCUGCUCCAGCAUUUUGACCGCGUUCAGAGCAAACACUUGGAGGUCCGACACCAACGCUCAGGACGUGCCUCUGAUCAACCCGACAAGAAGAUGAUGUGAAGUCAUUGUGUCAUAAGACCUCUGGCCCCUGAGGACAGCGAGAGAAGGUGAAAGAAAAAUUUUAAGGACAAAAGUUGUACUGGAAAAGAUUAUUAAGAUGCUAUUGAUGCCAAAAAGUAUAAAGUAAGUUUGAUUUAAAAACUGUCUUAUCAGAGAAGCACUGGGUAUACAUAGUCAAAAAGCAGCUGAUAUGUUUGUAAAGGUUAUGUAACAUAAGACGCAAAAACAUUUUAAACAAAAACAGAUGUAAUACACUUCAGACCAUACACGAACAAUAAUAGUUGCUACUUUCACUGGAGAUUUGAAGAUUGUACAUACAUUCUCAUUAAUACGUAAGUUUUGGUGGCAAUAUAAUGGCCAUAUCCCAUCAUGCCCUGUCAGCAGCCGAGAUUUUCUCCAGCCAGAUUGAAUGUUCCCUGUGUUUCGAGUUCAUGGCUGCCUUAAUCUCUUGUCAAGCAGAAAAGAAAUCUCACUUACAGAGUAUUGACCCAGCUCAACUGACAUUUUAAACUUUGGAAGCCAUGGAUGACUCAACUCUGGAAUACAUUCUGUGCAGGCCCAUGUUGUUACACUUUUUGACCUUUCUUUGUUAGUGCAACUGAUCAGAAACUUUCACAUACACUACUCCAGCUUUUAAUUCCAUUUCCUUCUUAUAUAUUCUUCAGCUAAUAUGUAUUUGUCUCUGUACUGUCUUAAAAAGAGUCACACCUUUGUCAUUAUUAUGUGAAAAUCAAUAAAGUGGACCAUGUGAUUUAAAAUA